AUUGAUGGUUGCAUCGUAAUCAUCGAAACCAAACUUGUCAAAAAAUCUAGAAACAAAAAAAAACAUUGUCUUUCUAAUAAUUCCCUCCUUUAGUCCUUUGUAUUCUCCAUCAUCCACUCUCAUUUCCUUACCCUCUUUUCUCAGAUUCCUCACACACCCUCUUCGAUUUCAUCGCCAACAACCCACAUAACAAUUUUCAUUCUUUCUUAUAAAUCACACUACCCUUUGAGCUUUGAAGAAAGAAAGUUUGGUUUUUUAUUAGUGGGGUUGGUUCCAUAAAAAUGGCAUCUUUAUCGGUUCCAUGCCCCAAAUGUCCUUCUUUUUCUUCUUUGGGAUUGAAAUCCAACAAGAUCUUGUUUCAAAGUGGGUUGAGUUUGAAAACUUCUCAAUCAUUUGGAUCUUUGUUUGCUGAGUCAGCAUCAUUUGGAAUUCAGUGUGUUAGCAAGAAACAGCUUCCUAUCAAGAUUCAAGCACAGCUUAGCGAGGCUGCUAUUGUCGAAAAUUCGAAUUCUGCACCUAAUGUUUCUUCGAAAGAGAAAGAAAACCAAAAUGGGAGUGUCUCUGGCGGCACACCGUCACUGUCGGAUACAUCUUCAGUUUCUGAGUUCAUGAAUCAAGUUGCUGACCUUGUAAAACUUGUGGAUUCGAGAGAUAUUGUGGAGUUGCAACUAAAGCAAUCAGAUUGUGAGCUCAUGAUAAGAAAAAAAGAAGCUUUGCAGCCUCCACCAGCCACAGCUAUGCCGCAACCACCGCAACCAUUGUACUAUCCCACGCUUCCUUCACCACCACCCCCACCCCCACCAACCGCAGCUGCUUCUGCUCCUGCAGUCUCUUCCCCUUCGAAACCAACACUUGCCUUGCCUUCCCCCAACAAAAGUGCAUCGUCUCACCCGCCGCUCAAAUGUCCAAUGGCAGGAACCUUUUACAGGUCCCCAGCACCUGGUGAACCUCCAUUCGUCAAGGUGGGAGAUAAAGUACAGAAAGGCCAAGUUGUUUGCAUUAUUGAGGCUAUGAAACUGAUGAAUGAAAUUGAGGCUGAUAAAUCUGGAACAGUAACCGAGAUACUUGUUGAGGAUGCAAAACCAGUCAGUGUAGGCUUGCCUCUUUUCGUAAUAGCUCCAUGAGUACCAGAGGAGACGUUAUUUCAAAGCCGAUCAACGCAAAACUACCUUGUCGGAUAGCAUGGUAUUUGAUGAUUUAGAUUUUGUGAUUCAGAAGUUUAUUGAGUGAUAUUAAUUUUCUACUAUGAAGAAAAGAAAUCCUUGACCUCUUAAUUUACCUAUAAAGAUAUUUUAGACACAAAAACCUAGCAUAUAAGAAUGGAUGUUGGACUUUGUAAUUCUAAGAAGUUUUGAUAUUUGUACUAAUAAUUAAUGUCUUCUGCAUUUAGUUUUUAAA